AUGGAGGCGCUACCUUUGUUCUUAGAUAGGCUCGUCUCGCCUCUGCAUGCGGUGCUGCUCGCUGUUUCUUUAAUACUCUUCUUCGGCGAAAUCCUACCGCAGGCUGUCUGCACAGGCAGAAAACAAUUGGCUGUAGCCGCCCUGAUGACGCCUUUGGUGCGUUUGCUGCUGGGGCUGUUUUCUGUCGUUGCUGUCCCCGUUGCUGCGCUCUUAGACAGAUUGCUGCAGCCUUCGCAUGCAGCAGCUUUCUAUGGACGCAACCGCCUCAGAGCCCUCAUUGGGUUGCACCAGAAGGGGCGUCGGCGUUUGCUGCGCGAGGCUUCGAGCGAAGAAAGCGAUGCUCUUUCAGAGAUCAGCCAAAGCGGUGAAGGGCGCAGCAGCCCCUGGCUAAACAGAGACGAAGUCAUGGUCAUUCAGGGGGCUCUGGACAUGGCUUCAAAAAGCAUAGGCGAUUUUCUUGUGCCGUUGGAGGAGGUUUAUCAGCUGGAGAUGAAUACGAAGUUAACUCCUGAGGUGUUGAUGCAAAUACUGAGACGAGGGCAUUCAAGGAUCCCUGUCUACGACGGGUGUGUUAUUUAG